AUGCAGUCCGGCAUCUCUGCCUCCCAAGAGCUCAAAUCCGCCCUGGGUGGCCUCAUAACCUCAAGCGAGCAAAGAGGCCUCACAGCAACUAUUCAAAAUGAGACGAUUGUGCCUGGCGCCACCAUUGCCUCGACUUCAUCAACUUUCCUCGCCGACGUCGCCAACCUCCAAUCUCACAUUCAACCCAAUGCGGCGCUGUACAUCCUCCUCCGCCGUUCCGACUCGCUCUCCUCGCCUGACAAGUCGCUGGUAGCGGUUACCUAUGUGCCCAAUGCUGCGCCCGUACGCCAGAAGAUGUUGUUUGCAUCGACGAGGUUGACACUGGUGCGGGAAUUGGGCGGCGAACAUUUCGCGGAGAGCAUAUUCACAACCGAGGCGGAUGAGUUGACAAGCUCGGGAUGGGAGAAGCAUGUCCUUCAUACAGCGAGCGAGAACCCUCUCACGGCCGAGGAACAAUCAUUGCAAGAUAUCAAGGACGCAGAGGCGCUCGAAUCGCGGGGGACUCGAGGCCAAGGUCUCGCACAGGGCGGCAGGAUAGCCGUUCGCGCUGAUGAUGGGAUUGCUGAGGCACUGCGGACACUUGGAGAAGGAGGGACGGAUAACCUUGUACAAUUACGCAUGGACGGUGCAACGGAGACGCUGCAACUUGUCUCCUCUUCCAGUGCUACACCGUCCACGCUUUCCACCUCCAUCGAUACGAAAGAACCUCGCUACGCAUUCUACCGCCAUGAUGAUGCCAAUUCCUCCAUCAUCUUUAUAUCUACCUGCCCGAGCGCUGCGAAGAUCAGGGAGAGGAUGCUGUACGCUGCUAGUCGUGGAAACGUAGUGUCUUUAGCGCAGAAUGAGGGAGGUUUGAAGGUGGUGAAGAAGCUGGAAGCGACGAAUCCGGACGAGGUUACAGAGCAGGUCAUCAAGGACGAGUUCAAAGUGGAAACGCCUACGGAAAGCAAGGGUUUUGCAAAGCCAAAGAGACCUGGACGACGGUAG